CAAACGCAAAUACCGCACGAUGGAGAAUAAAAUUAAAACCAACAUACGGGAACUCUUCGAGUCGGCAGCGGAGCGUCGAACCUUUCUGAAGAUGUGUGCUCCGAUGGUGCGAUACAGCAGGCUCGAAUUUCGCAAUCUGGUUCGCUCGUUUGGCACUGACCUUGCGUUCACCAGCAUGAUUAUGGCUGACUCGUUUUGUCGGAGCGAAAAGGCGCGUUUGAAUGAAUUCACAACCAACAAAGACGACACCCCGCUGAUAGCACAGUUCGCGGCGAACAACGCGAUCGACUUUCUGUCCGCCACCGAAAUGGUCUAUCCAUACGUCGACGGUGUCGAUCUAAACUGUGGAUGCCCGCAGCGUUGGGCGAUGGCCGACGGUUACGGUAGUGCAAUGCUCAAGACACCCGAACUAAUUGCCGAUCUGCUCGCCACGGUCCGACGCAACAUGCCUAGCAGCUUCAGUGUUUCGGUGAAAGUGCGAUUGCUCUCGAAUCAAACGAUCAAACACACGGUCGAUAUGUGCCGCCAGCUUGAGGCCACGGGGAUCCACUUCCUGACCGUGCACGGACGAACGGCGGCCGAAAAAACGAACGUUCCCGUACACAAGGAGGCGAUUCGGGAACUGAAACAGUCGCUCACGGUUCCGCUGGUAGCGAACGGUGAUAUUUUCACACUCGAGGACGCCCAGGAAAUGCACCAACUGACCAGAUGCGAUGGUGUGAUGGCAGCCCGUGGCAUACUCUCGAAUCCGGCCCUGUUUUCCGGCAGCAAAAGCACACCGCCCGAGUGCGUGGCACGAUGGCUGAACAUUUGCGAGCAAGCCGACACCGACAUGACGUUCCAGUGUAUGCAUCACCAUUUUUCCUUCAUGACCGAAUCGUUGCUUGCCAAACGGGAACGGGUGGUGCUGAACAAUCUGGGAAAGGACAAGAGUAAGGUGUACGAUUUCAUCCGGAAACACAUACCCCUUCCCGAAGCAGCUCCCGGAGGAGGUACGUUCGAGUUCCCCUCCAAACUGUGCUGCACGUACAGCGAAGACAAGUUCCGAGCGCGAAGCCGCGAAUCCCGGACGGCGCUGGAUACCGAGCGCGCCGAUGGCAACGAGAACUACAACCCGGAUGCAACGGAUGGUAGCUUCUUCCAAAGCAAACGUGAGGAACUGGGCCACCAGCCUCAGUUUGCAAGCGAUGGGGCCGAUUUUAUGGACGGAGGUUGUAUUCUGUUUGACGAAUAAACAAUUAUU